UACCCCAGGCGGCCUCGCUCGCCAGGCAGUCCCACAGUCGGCCGCGGGAGACGCGCCCAGCACCAAGCACCACCAUGGACGGCCAAGAUGGCCGCGGACAGAUCGUCAGCGUCGAGUUCGAGGUGUACGGCCAGGUGCAAGGUGUGUACUUCACGAAGUACUGCCGCGAAAUGAGCGAAAAGUUGGGCCUGGGAGGAUGGGUGAAGAACUCGAAAAGUGGCAGCAUCAUCGGCAAAAUCCAGGGCGAGAGAACCAAAGUCAAUCAGAUGGCUGAUUGGCUGUCGAGGACCGGAAGUCCCGGGUGCAGAAUCGAGCACGCAGAGUUCCGUAGCUGGGAGUACAUGGCGAGGCAAGAAUUCAGGAACUUCAGCGUCAGAUUCUGAACACUUGCAAAAGAACUGGUGCUAAUCAUAUGUAACAAAAAAAUAAUGAAUGGACUGAUGAAUAACAGUUUAAAACACAAGUGAUCCACGAAUUAAAAAAAAACAAAAAACUGUAUAAUAAUAAUAAUAAUAAUAAUAAUAAAAGCCCUUCUGUUAUUCCA